AAGAUGGCAGUGGUGAUGGCGCUUCUUGUUUAGUAGAUUGAAUUUUUAAAUACGCGAAGUGUUAUCAAUUUUAUGAAUAUAUAGAUAAAAGAUAAUCCAAUAAUAAAUUGACCUUAUUGAUAAUUAAAUCGCAAUCAAUGCAAUAAUAAAACGAGUAAAUGCAAUAAUAAAGCAGUAAAAUAUGGCGAGACAAUCGUACAGUAUUGUUGAGUAUUAUGGUGAACAAGAUAGAUAUAAAUGUGGUUACUGUAAAAGCCCAAAUACGAAUUUCAGUCAUGGCAUGGGCACACAUAUAUUGACUGUUCAAGAUUACCAAGCCCUAAUAGAUAGGGGUUGGAGAAGAUGCGGUUCUUAUUGUUACAAAUCUAUUAUGGAUCAAACGUGUUGUCCAAUGUAUACUAUUAAAUGUGAAGCAUUGCAAUUUAAAAUUUCUAAAUCACAAAAAAAAAUUUUGAAAAGAAUGGCAAAAUUUUUAAGAAAUGAAUUGCAUAGUGAUGAUACUAUGGAUACAUAUGAAGGAGAUUAUCGUGAUAAUACUGAUAUUGAAGAAAUUCCUACUCACAGUAAACAUCUUUUAAAUAGUGACAAAAAUAUUUCUGAUAUAGAUGUGAAAUUUAUUAAUAAUGAAAUUAAUGCAAGGUUACAUCCUAGCGUAUCAGACAAAAAGAAGAAAAAAUAUGAUAUAGAAAUUAAAGAAAAUAAUUCUGAAAGUGUGCCGUCAAGUCAUAACAAUGAUUCUCAUGAUACAUCACAAAAUUUACAAUCGAUAGAAAUGAAUCCUACACGAGCACCUUGUGUGAAAGCAAAGCUUUUGCGUAAACAACGAAAGCAACAUAAAUUAAUGACACAAGGAAAGACUCAAGAAGAAAUAGAGGCUAUUUUCAAAGAAAAUAAACAAGAAAAUCAAGCUAAAAGUAUAGAGCAAUUGUUUGAUGAAGUAUACAAAGGAACUAAUAGAUUAGAGCUGAAACUAGUUAGAAUUUCGCCAAUGAGUUCCGGAUAUUUAAAUACCUCAAAACAAUCUUAUGAGAUAUAUAGAAAAUAUCAAACAGCAAUACAUGGAGUUCUAUCAGAAAAGAUUACAGAGAAGCAAUAUACAAGAUUUCUCGUGAAAUCACCUUUACAGAUGAAAUUGGUGAGAACAUUGUCGGACGAAUUUAUUAAAACGCUUAAAGUAAGUGCAAACCUUUUUAAAAAGUAUCAAAUGACCAUUCACGGUGAAACAGAAGAGGAGUCAGAUGAUGAAUCGUUCUUCAACUUUCUUGUAAAAACUUCUUUACAGCCAUGGACACCGGAUGAUGGACCGCCGGAUGGAUAUGGCUCUUUUCAUGAACAAUAUUGGUUAGAUAACGAAUUAAUUGCAGUUGGAGUGAUAGACAUUUUACCAUCUUGUGUUUCAAGUGUUUACUUUUUUUAUGAUCCAGCUUAUUCUCAUCUCUCACUUGGCACAUUUAGUUCACUUCGAGAAAUUUAUUUAACAAGACAAUUGAAUAAAGUUGCAAAAGAUUUGAAAUAUUAUUACAUGGGAUUUUAUAUACAUUCAUGUCCCAAAAUGCGGUACAAGGCACGAAUGAAACCAUCAAAACUAUUAUGUCCUGAAACUUAUAUGUGGUUUGAUAUUGAACCAUCCUUAUUAAAAUUAGAUAAACAAAAAUAUAGCAGAUUAAAUGAUGAUAUUGAUGCUAUUGAUGAAGAUGGUAUAGUUGAUAUCUCUGAGGUAUUAAUUUUGCACCGCAAGAUUGCGAUGCCAUAUAAUAUCUAUAAAAGGCAGGUCCAAAACGUCAUGCAGGACGAGGAAGAUGAUAUUAAAAUGUAUGCUAGUUUAGUUGGAAUGAAAUGUGCACGAAGAUUGUUGCUUUAUCGCUAAAGUUUAUCGAGUAUACGAGAAAUUUUAAUUUAUACAUAUAUUUACUUUUCAUAGAAAACAAUCAUGUAUUUGUUAUGAAUUAACACGGACUUAUGAUUAAAUUUAUGAAAUGAGAUUAAUAAAAUUAACAGCUUUGUGAUGAUAAAUGUGUAAUAAAUUAACAAACUCUUACCAAAUAAAAGUGAUUUUUGUGCUGUGCAUAGACUCUGCAAUA